AUUCCAUUCAUGUUUGAUUCCGAUUGGUUUGGUUGGUGUUUGUAAUAAAAAUAAUUUUAUUUGUCAGACAGCGUCUAUCAAGAUUAUGUAUCUCUAAUUAGAUUCAUGUAGGUUCGUAAAAGCUACUUUGUUUUAGCUAGUAAUUAUUUUAAUAUUUUUUAAGAUACCGUAGUAGGAAAGCAAUGGAUUUGGAAGACAAUGCUUUGGGCUUGACCCAAGAACAAACAGACAAAAUUUUACAAUUCCAAGAUUUAACCGGCAUAGAAGACAUGUCUAUAUGUAGAGAUGUUUUGCAGAGACACCAAUGGGAUUUAGAGGUAGCAAUACAGGAACAGUUGAAUAUAAGGGAAGGACGUCCAUCUGUUUUUGCAACAGAAGCUCGUGCACCACCAGUAGUGCAUGACCAUAUAGCACAGCAAGUAUUCACAGAUGAGUCAGCAGAUGGACCAUCGGGUGGCAUGCGAGGCCUUCUACGAUAUGUCGUUAACUUAGUGGUAUCCAUGUGUUACAACACCAUAUCAUCAGUUCUAAAUGUUUUGCUGAGCUUCAUACGAAAUGAUGAUAGAAGAUUGGUGACUGAUCCUCUAGGGGAUGUGAUGGGCUUCAUAGUUAACUAUCAAUCAAGGUUUAAUCCUCACCCUGUAUUCUACCAGGGUACAUAUGCACAGGCUCUUAAUGAUGCCAAGAAUGAACUUAGGUUCCUUAUUGUAUAUCUCCAUUCGGAAUCAGCAACAGAAACACAAAACUUUUGCAGAACAACACUUGCUGAUCCUGAAGUGAUCCAAUUCAUAAACACUCACGCCCUGUUCUGGGGCUGUUCAGUGGACACAUCAGAAGGAUGGCGCGUAGCUCAGUCUGUGGGUGGACGGCGGUACCCUCUGCUGUGCGUUGUGUGUGUUCGCGAGCACAGAAUGACUGUGGUGGCUCGUAGUGAGGGAGCUUGCUCACCGACGCAGCUGUUACAGCGUCUGCGACACGUCGUGGCCGAUAACGAGGCUCAUCUUGCUGCUGCAAGAGCUGAUAGGGUGGAGCGUGAGGUGACGGCUCGCCUGAGAGCUUCACAAGACGAAGCGUAUGCAGAAUCAUUAGCAGCGGACCAAGAGAAGGAAAGGCGCCGAGCGGCAGAACGAGCAGCUAUCCAACAACAACAUAACGAAGAAGUCCGCAGGAAAGAACUCGAGGAAAAGCAUAAAGUAGAGGUGCAGGAAGCGCGUGCGGCAAUGGCGGCGCGACUGCCGGCCGAACCUCACGCGGGCGCCGGCACCGUCGCGCUACUCAUACGGCUGCCCGGCGGCGAGCGACUCACGCGCCGGUUCACGCUCACACACACUACGCAGGAUUUGUACGAUUUCGUGUUCAGUCACCCACAAUCUCCCGAGGAGUUCGAGAUAACGACCAAUUUUCCUAAGCGGGUACUCGCGAGGGGCACGGCGAGUCUUUGCGACGCCGGCCUUAAAGACAGAGAUGUGCUGUUUGUGAACGACGUUAACGCUUAGACUCGUGAUGUCACAAAUGGACCUGCCUGUCAACUGUCAAUCAGUCUGACAACUGACAGCUUAUCGGUAUAAUAAUGUGGAGUCACCGAAACAACAGUUAAGUGGGCCCCGUAUAAUUUUAUUUAAAUCUGUGUAUGGGAUAUGAAUGCAUAGAAGCUACCGUGUUUUAAAACUGCCAAAUGUCGUUAUUUUGAUAUGAAGAGAAUUACUCAUUGUGUUGUAUUAAUUGUUGAGAAAUGCAGUUUUAUGUUAUUAAACAAUCAUGUCUUGUAACAUGAACUUUCUAGAAUUUAAGCGUACUCUCAUUAUGCGUAAAUCGCUUCAAAUACUGUAAUAUUGCAUGGACAACAGCUAAGGAGAGAUUUUCUAUCCAUAAUUGGUAUCUAACAAGUUCACAAUAUAGAUGAGUUUUCCAACUAAAAUUGUAGGUCAUUUAAAAUAAUCCUUCAUAGCCUAAUAGUGAAAUUUGGUUAGCACUAAACUUGGAUAAUAAUCCAGGCACUAUGCCUAAUCCAUUAAUGAUGUAAACCAAGUAGAAUCAUAGCAAUUCUACAUAGGUACCUAUAUGCUAAGCAUCUAACGUCAAGUCCCAGAUAUACUCAAAAUACAGCACCUACAUAUAAAUGUAUUUCAUUCCGAUAAUUGUGCAUCAAUUUGGCUCCUUUUUUCUUAUUAUUGUAAUGAUUUCUUUCGUACUGUUAAAAUUCUUUUUUAUAAUAUAAUUAAUGUCAUUGAUUUAAAAUGACUGAAAUUUAUACAAAAACUAUAUGAACAUAAUAAUUAGUCAUAAUUUAGCUUAUUUUACAUACAUUACUUUUAUCAUGGACAAAUAAUAUUGGCCCAUGCUUAUAUAAAAUUUUAUCAGAUGUUGAAAGUUUCGUUAUUUAUUUGGAAUGUUGGCAAAAUUUGUUUGAUUUUACUAGUUAUACAUCAGUCCUGUUCCUGUGCGGGCAAAAGAUAAAAAGACAGAUAUUGUUGGUUUUAUUUUUCAUUAUUUUUUUGUGGGUCCAUUCUAUACAGUGGAAUGAAAUGUGUGCUUUGCAUAUAAUUCUGUUCAGACAGCCACGGGUAAUGUUAUCAAAAUGCCAAUUUUCUCUUUGCUGUUUGAGCUUUACAUUGCUUGAUAUAAGAUUCAUAAUCGAUUGAAAAAUUGGCAUUUUUUCGUAACCUAAUGUGUCGCUGACUGUACAUAAAUACUAGUUUUAUUAGUUUUCCAUGUUGUUGUGUAGCUUGGGUCCACUUUAUUUAAGUGAUUCUACGUAAGUUGAUUGAUAUUUUGUAAGUAAAUUUAAAACAAACUGCUUGAAAUCGAGGAAUUUCCACAAUAGUAAUUGUGUGUGCUUUUUCGCGUCUGUCGCUGUUUCAUAGUGUCUAAUGGUUCCUUUCAUUAUCCUAUCCACAGUAAAAAAUAGUUUCAGUAGUGCACAAUUUUGUUUUUCAGCAUUCAUUAGGUAAUUUACUAUAGUCAUGGCACGCUAUGAUGACUGUUUUGUUUGACACAUAAUAGUGACGUGAAAAAUUAAUAUGAAUUUUUAUAUAAUGAAAUAAUGUUAAUUUGUAUUUUAACCAUUAUUAGUAGUAGUUAAUUAUAAUAAAAUAAUAAUACUAUCAUAAAUUUUAACUUACACUCAGCAUUCCCAUAUGCAGCGAUCAUAUUGUUAUGCCAUGAAUAACUUCACUAUCAUUAUAAUACUAUUUUUAUGAUAUACAUUUCACAGUGAUAAUAAUGUUAUUACAAUUAAUUAACUUAAGACAUUUGUAAAAUCUUAAAAUUUCCGACUGGUAAAUUGUAUGACUAAAUGCGUGUCACUAAUGGCAAUAACAAUAUAUAACAUUCUCAAACUAAUUUUUAAGAAACUUCGUUAGCGCAUAAACUUCAAAACGGCUAUCAUAGCGUGCUGCUAAGUGAUUAAGCUUAUAUGCUGACCAGAGUUGCUUAGAUAUAUAUAUUUGUUAUUGUUGGUUCUACACAAGCAAUAAACAGUGGAUAGGUAACUUUGAAUUACCGUUGUUUAUAAUAGUUACAGAAUUCAGGAAACUCGAUACAUAUAUUUCUUAUUUAGCACUAUGUGUGCAUUGAUAAAUGCUAUUUCGAGAUCAAAUAUGCACCGAGAAACAUUGUUUUGAUGAAUUCUUUUUUUAUUAUUAGGGUAUGGUUGGUUUUUUAAAAAAUGGUUGAGAGUUGCCAGUCACAAAUUAGGUACUGGUUUUGAUUAUUGUUUGGUAAAAUGACGUGCAAUAAGGUGUGAAGUAAAAUGUACCUAGUAGACGUGAGUUUCAAACGUGCUUGCGAGGGUGCAGUGAUUUGAGUUACGGACUGUACAAGCAUUUAAGUAUGUGUUACAAUGUAUUGUUGUAUAAUAAUAACGUUCCUUCCUUAUUCAUUUGUUUUAUUUAUAUAUAUUAGAAGGAGUAUUUGCAGCGAAGGAAGACUUAAGUUACAAGAUGUGGCCAUAUCUAAAUAUGCUACGGAUGAUGGCGGCGAAUGA